AUGCCACCAAAGAGAAAAGCCUCAUCAAAUGUCCGAGGAGGCGCCAAAGCAGGCCGAGAUUCCACUGCAUCCACACCAGGCCCUGCCACGCCACGAAGUAUUGGCAGCAGCGACGAGUUCUCAUCGGCAAGUGAAAGCGAAAAAGAACGCGUGGGGCAGACCAUAAAGAAGUUUUCAGUCGACGAAUAUAAAGCGAAGAAGAAUGCUACCUCUGGGGGAGGAAGGGAUUCUGCGAGCCAUCAUUUUGGAAAUAGCGACUUUUCCUACCUUUCUUUGAAGCCAGAUCACGAUAAUCGACCGUUAUGGAUAGACCCAAAGAAGGGCCGAAUUAUUCUAGAGAGCUUCUCACCUCUAGCUACACAUGCGCAGGAUUUUUUGACCACCGUCGCGGAGCCUUUGUCCCGGCCUUCCUUCCUUCACGAGUACGCCUUAACCCCGCAUAGUUUAUACGCAGCGGUAUCUGUUGGACUGGACCCGAAAGACAUUAUAAACGUGCUUGACCGUUUGUCGAAAAUCCCCGUUCCGGAAAACAUAAAAGAGUUCAUCAUCAAUUGCACUCAGAGUUACGGCAAGGUUAAAUUGGUGCUGAAGAACACCAAGCACUACGUCGAGAGCUCUGAUCCACAGAUGUUACAAACACUUCUGAAAGAUGAAGUUAUUGGACCUCUGCGGGUGCAAGGGACAGAGGAUAUCACAACAACCUCGGCGCCAAAGAUGGCUGGUCUUGUCAUUCCAGGGACCAAGAACUUCGCUGGUGUCCAACAGUCUAUUGAUCUGCGCGGGUCUACGAAACCUCAAGAAGGCGAGAAUGUGGGUCAAGAGGAUAUUGUGGCUGCUCUCAAUGAAGAUGAUGACGACGAGGAAGCUGAAGCUGUGCAUGCUUUUGAGAUUGCUGAUGCUGGAGUCGAGGUUGUCCAGAAGCGAUGCCUUGAGCUCGGCUUGCCGGUACUAGAGGAGUAUGAUUUCCGUAACGACCAAGCAAAUCCCACACUAGACAUCGAUUUAAAACCCGAGGCUCAGAUCCGACAUUAUCAGGAGAAGAGCUUGAGUAAGAUGUUCGGUAACGGCAGAGCCAAGAGUGGUAUUAUCGUUCUACCCUGUGGCGCUGGCAAGACCCUCGUAGGAAUCACUGCAGCGUGCACAAUCAAGAAAGGUGUCUUAAUCCUCUGCACAAGUUCUAUGUCCGUACACCAAUGGCGGGCAGAAUUCAUUAGAUGGUCCAACAUCAAUCCAAGCGACAUCGCAGUAUUCACAUCUGAGAACAAGAGUAGAUUCUCGGGGAGUACUGGGAUUAUCGUUACAUCAUACAACAUGGUUUCGCAGAAGGGCAAAAGAUCGUAUGACUCUCAAAAGAUGAUGGAUUUUAUACAAAGUAGAGAAUGGGGCCUUAUGAUCCUCGAUGAGGUCCACGUCGCACCUGCUGCUAUGUUUAGAAAGGUUACGUCUACUAUAAAGACUCACUCGAAAUUGGGCCUUACUGCAACCUUGCUCCGCGAAGAUGAUAAGAUCAGCGAUCUAAACUUUUUAAUCGGUCCCAAGCUAUACGAGGCGAACUGGAUGGAGCUGGCAGAACAAGGACAUAUUGCUCGUGUGCAAUGUGCCGAGGUGUGGUGUCCAAUGACCACAGAAUUCUACUCGGAAUAUCUCAAGCAAUCGAGUAAAAAGCGAGCACUCAUCUGGACAAUGAAUCCUCGGAAAUUCCAGGCCUGCCAAUUCCUGAUUGACUAUCACGAGAAACGAGGCGACAAGAUUAUCGUCUUCGCUGAUAAUAUUUAUGCCUUGAAAGCGUAUGCGACAAAACUGAACAAAGCCUUCAUUUUUGGAGAAACCGGCAGUGCAGAGCGUGAGCGUGUUCUGGCCAACUUUCGAUUUAAUGACAAAGUCAACACCCUUUUCCUCUCCAAGAUUGGGGAUACUUCUCUAGAUCUCCCUGAAGCUACAUGCCUGAUUCAAAUCUCCUCGCAUUACGGAUCUCGCCGUCAAGAAGCUCAAAGACUAGGCCGUAUACUGCGAGCUAAACGACGUAAUGACGAAGGCUUCAAUGCCUUUUUCUAUUCACUCGUCUCCAAAGACACUCAAGAGAUGUUCUUCUCCUCCAAACGACAGGCCUUCCUGGUCGAUCAAGGGUACGCUUUCAAAGUUAUCACCCACCUCCAAGGCAUCGAAGAAAUGCCCAAUCUUGCCUUCUCCACCCCCGCCGAGCGCCGAGAAUUACUCCAAAAUGUCCUCUUAGCCAACGAUGACGAGCUCGACUUCGAUGAUCGUGGAGACAAUAUGUUUCAUACUAUGGAUGGCAGGACAAAGGCGAAACUCAAGAAGAAGGCUGUGGCUAGACGGACGGCUGGGGCGCUGAGUGAGCUUGCGGGUGGCCAGGAUAUGGCGUAUAUCGAGCAGAAUAAAAUUAAGAACAAGGACAUGAAGAGGAAGAAGGGCGAGAGUAAUCCAUUUUUCAAGAAGCUACAGAGGGAUCAGGAGAAGAGGAAAAAAGCGCUGGAGGAGCUAUAG